ACAACAAGCCUGUCGCAAUAGCCGAUCCGAUCCAAAGUUUUUAAGCACAACAGCAAAGUAGCCAUGGAGGGGACGACGCUCAAGACGUGGCGGCUGGGCAAGAAGCUCGGAUCGGGGGCGUGCAGUGACGUCUAUGCAGGUAAACCCUUUUUUUUUACUUCAUAUCUUGACCCAAUUCUCAUGCCGUAACCCUCUCUGUGUGCUGCAAUAUGCUGCAGUGGAGUCUGUGAAUCCGCUUGGCAGCGACGCUGGCCGUGAUUUUGUCAUGAAGCUCUCACCGCUCCCGCAACUCCCGGCCGCCAAGCUCAAAAACAAGAAAAGGAAGAAGACACCGGCGGAGCGCAACGCCGACGCGCUGUAUGCCGAGCACCUGCUGUACAAGAACCACCUGAGAGACCAGCCUGGAAUCCCUUACGUGCCCAUGGGGGGAUAUGGAGAAGACAAGGGAUAUCGCUACCUGGUGAUCGAGCGGCUUGGGCGAACGCUGGAGACGGUGCUGAUGGAGCAAGGGCCUGUCCCGUCGGCCACAGCAGCUCGACUAGGCCUAGAAAUUUUGGAGACGCUGCAGCAGAUGCAUGUAAAGAACAUCCUGUACGUGGACGUGAAGCCUGAAAACUUCAUGCUCGACACGCACAGGGAGAACAAAGUGUACUGCGUCGACUUUGGCAUCUCCGAUCGUUAUGUCACCGCUACAGGCAAGCACAAGGACUAUAAAGAAGGAACAGUUGUGGGAACACCGACCUUCCUGAGCUUGAGCUGCCACAACGGCGCAACUUCUAGCCGCCGAGAUGACAUCGAGUCAUUGCUGUAUGUACUCAUCUACUUGAUGCGAGGCGAUCUUCCGUGGCAACAAGCGUCCAGUGAUGCCGAAGGAGCCAAGAUCAAGAAGACGACCUCAGUGGAACAUCUGUGCGCUUCGCUGCCUAGUGAAUGGAGCACAAUGCUGAAGCAGAUUCGGGAGUGCGGCUUCGAGGAUCGACCAGACUACGACUUCUACGUGCAGCAGUUCUCAAGGCUAGGUGGUAAAAAGGGCUUGACAACGCCGUUCGAGUGGGGCGCACGCAAGACGAGCAAAGCGGUUCGUCUACAGUUACUGAAGGCAUGUAUGUACUGACUAACGCCUCUCGUGAAUCUUAAUGUCAUGAAGGCUGCUAAGGUUGCUGCUGCAUCGCAAGAGUCCACCACCGACAGCCCCGUGCGCAAGCGUGUGAAAAGCGUGGAUGAAGAUCUCACAGCGCCUCCACCUACCGCAGCCAAGGCAAAGAAGGCCACUGCUCCUGAGAAAAAGAAAACUACUCCUCGUCAUAGCAAGCAACCAAAGAAAGCGUCAGCACCUGCUUCAAAGGUCAGGAAGACGAACAAGAAGGACCAAAAGCACGACGACGAUGAUGUUGAAGUCGAAGGUGUGGGUGUGGGUGGCGUGCGGCCCCAAGACCGAGAAGUGUUCAAGGCCAUUGCUGGCCACGCUGCCGCUACCGCCGCCGUGAAGCGGUACAAUUUACGCUCAGCUCGUUGAGAGUAUUGAGAGUACAGGAUACAGCAACGCACAGGGGAGGUCAAGCAGCAUUAGCACACCAGUACUUUGGUCUAUUCACUAAAUAAAAAAAAUACAAUAUCUUUCGCCCAAAAGACA